AAUUUGAUUAUUAAUGAAAAAACUAUUAGAUGUUAGAUGUCAUGCGCUUUCACUGAUUGAAUGCAUUUAAAGCACACGUUUAUUGUGAGACCUGUUUAGUGAUAUUCAGAUGAUUAUGACUACAAUAAUGGACAACAAGAGUAUCAACAAAACACAACAUCUGGUCUGUGAUUCCGGACCUUUCAUUGUCGGCACACAAAUACAGGAUUUUGGACUAAAUAUCUACACUUUGCCAGAAGUGGUGUCUGAAAUUAAAGACGAAAACACGAGACAACGUCUUCAGUUAAUUCCAUAUGAAAUCAAGUAUCGCGAGCCGUCUGACGAAGACAUAAAAUUUGUGGUCAAUUUUGCCAAAAAGACGGGCGAUUUCUGCCAAUUGUCUGCAACUGAUAUUAAAGUAAUUGCUUUAACGAUACGAUUAGAAAAAGAAAUAAAUGGUAAUCAAAAUAUCAGAAGUGAACCACAAAUGAAUAAAGUAAUCAAAAAAAGUGGACACGAAUUGUCACAACCGUUGCCAGGCUUUGCAUUUGCCAACAAAAAUAAUGACAAAUAUAGCAAUGAAAACAAAGAAAUUUCUGAAAAUGUUGGCAAAAAAUUAGAUGAACAUAAAGAAGAAGAAGAGUAUGAUAGUGAAGAAGAUUCAGAAGAAGGUUGGAUUACAUUGAAUAAUGUGGAAGACAUUAGAAAACAAAUGAUAGGAAUCAGAAUGGAUGAUGAAGUGGAAGAAUGUGUAUCUGUUGGAUGUUUGACUGGUGACUACGCCAUGCAAAAUGUCUUAUUGCAGAUGGGAUUGAAAGUGAUAAGUAUUAAGGACGGACUUCUCAUCAGACAAACAAAACAAUUUGUUUUGAGAUGUUUCGCUUGUUUUAAGAUCACCACAAAGCAAUCCAAUGAGUUUUGCAGCAGUUGUGGUAAUAUGCGAACAUUAAAACGGGUGGCACUUACUGUCAAAGAUGAUGGAACUAAAGAAGUUUUUAUAAAUUUUAAAAAACCGAUUAAUAUAAGAGGCACCCGAUAUUCUCUGCCAAUGCCCAGAGGCGGCAAACACACAAAUAACCCGAUUUUAGUUGAAGACCAGCCGAUACCACAACAACGGAAGAGUAAGUUUGCCAUUCAAGAGAAGAGAGAUGUGAAUUGCGAGUCAAUUCUUAAAGAUCCGGAUUAUGUUAACCGAUUGAAUCCAUUUGCAAUCAACGAUGUCUACAGUCGGGGCUCACGAAUCAAUGCAAAUGUUCACCGAUUACGCAAUCCUAAUGAAACCAGAAAAUCGACGGGAAAUCGGAAAAAGAAAUCAAAUAAAUAUUAGAUGUUUUUUGUAUAAAAUAACAAAUCAUUUAAUUUUAUUUUAUCAAUACUUUAAAAUGAUGACUAUUUAAAAAAGCAUUUUUGCAUACAAACAAAUCAAUUACAGUAAUAAAUACAUAAAAAGCACACUUUUAUGUUUAAAAUAAA